GCAAUCGUUCCAGGAAACAGUUGAGUUACAGUUCCCAGCAAGGUUCUGUUUUCCUCCAAACUUUUGUGUACAGAGCUAGAGUUGGAGCUAGUAUUGACAAUCUUAAAUGUUAAGCCUGCUGGUUUCCUUUUAGAUUGUAUCAUUUAACUCUCCUCUUUUUUUUAUUUCCCCCUUUUUUUUUAAGAACUUGGAUUGCCAAGAAUCAUGAUGAUGAGCCUUUUUUUGCCUCUUUUACUUGUGUCUGUUCUGUUUAUGAACAGCUUCUCAGAAGUGCGGGGAAGGAAAUGGAAAGGUGAAGGUACAACUCAAAACCUGGAAAGUAUUGCCAUUGGAAGAUGCUAUGAUUAUAUUAGAAUUGUGAAUCCUGCUGUUGGUGAGAAGAAUUGUUCAGAGAUAUGGGAAGCAUUUAAAAGUGCAUUUAUUAACAAGGAUCCUUGCAGCAUUCUACCUGAGGACUAUGAAUUAUUUAUCAACCUGUCAUUGCACACAAUUCCAGCUAACAAGUCUCUCUUCUGGGAAAAUAAUCAGCUACUAGUCAAUAGCUUUGCUGACAGAGGACGUCGCUACAUGCCUGUGGGUGAUACCCUGUUUGGCUUCUUUGGAGAUUUCCUAAACUGGUGUGGGCAGGCAAACAGCUCUGGACUGGACUAUGAAUCCUGCCCUACUACGAUGGAAUGUGAAACCAAUGCAGUGGAUUCCUUCUGGAGGAUGGCCUCAAUCACUUAUGCGAAGCACAGUUCAGGGGAGAUACAUGUCUUGUUGAAUGGUUCUGCAGUCGGAGGAGCUUAUCCACAGCCAAGUUUUUUUGCAGAUUAUGAAAUACCUAAUCUCCAGAAAGACAAAAUCUCACAAAUUGUUAUUUGGGUUGUGGAUGAUAUUGAAGGACCAGAUCUAGAUUCCUGUGGAAUCCACAGUGUAAAGACAUUAGAAACCAGGCUGAAAACCCUUGGUUAUAAUGUCACGUGCACUGACAAUUACAAGUCUGUAGUGUUCUUACUCUGCUUGGAUUAUCCUGAUAAUUCUAAGUGUGCCCUUCCAUCGUUUUAAACCAUUUCCCUCAAAGUUUUGUGGUGUAUGUUCCUCAGCUGAGAAAACCUGGAUGAGAAGGCUCAUGGAAACCGUUAAUGUCUUUUUCUUUUCAACUAAGGGAUGAGCAUACCAGUUCUGCAGUAUUACUACAUAGUGCUUGCAGUAUGUAAGCAGCCACCCCUUCUCCUCCAUCCACGCCGGUACUUAAAGUAACAUAAUAACUGGCAUUUUCUAAGCAUCAGUCUCAUGCUCUCGUGGGAUAAUUAUUAACCAACUCAGAUGUGAUCAUCCUCAUUAGGAAAACUUUCCUUGCUUGUUUCCUUCCUGAGCAUGCUAUUCCCUCCUGUAUGCAUGGCACUGUAAUAGGUUUGAUUUACUUCAUAUCUGCACUAUCCCAAAUCAAGACAGAGCUUCCCAAUCAGAAUGCUAAACUAUCAUUGCCUCUCCCUGAAAUUUAACUAAAGUGCUUCAGACCAAUGAAUACUUAACACUGUUCCCCAAAUCACUUACUUCUCUGCAAUAAAUAACUUCUCCAUUGAAAUUACUGCCCUUUCACAAAGUCUUAAGCAAAUGCAUACAAAUUAUUUGAUGAUUAUCUUCUUAGGUAUGUUUUUUUCUGUGGAGGGAUGUGAUGGCUCAUUAACUGACAUGGGAGCAGUCUGGACAGUAGGGGUAUCACUAUGAAGAGCAUGUAUCUGUUAGGAAAAGGUUUCCUUUGCAGAAUAUGUGUGCUCAGUGUACACUCAGUGUACUCAGAGAAACAGGCAUGCAGGCUCUUCUGCAUCCCCUUUCCUGAGGCGUAUUUGCUUUUACAAGGCUGAUAGCUGCCUUCUUACCCUGCAGAGAAUAGUGUCCCGAGCCCAAAACUACCAGAGUUGGGCAAGUCAUUUUUUAUGUCACCAUAGCUCCUGUUACACUGGCAUAGCAAAGGAGAGGUAUGGGUCAGGGUAGCAGAGGGAUGGCCUAGAACGUGCUUUAAUGUACUUUGGGCUUCUUGGGUAUUGGUAGUGCCCUUUAAUUCCUCUCCAGACUUGAAUUAUGUUUUUGCUGAGUCAAAUUUGGACUUUGGCUUGUUUAGUUGAGAUCCUGACUUUUGAAGAAAACUUGUAAGUAAAAACUAACCACUAGAUGGCAUAGAUGGCUUACAAACAUAAGCAGGAAGGAAGCCAGAUGCAACCUAUUAGUAGUGGUAUUUAUUACUUGCAUUGUUGCAAUGUCAGAGAGACUUAGAAGUGGAUCUGGAUACUGCUUUAUCAAAUGCUGGGAAAAUACAGUCCUACAGGACCACUGCUGCCUAGAAGAGCUCUAUAAAAUCACAAGCAUAAGGCCAGAGACAGUAAAUGAAGGGGGAGAGGCAAGAAGGCUCAGGUGUAAAGAUAGAAAGGAGCGUUCCCAGGAUAUUCCAAAGCUACUUAGUUUAUUAAAUCAUCACAGCCAGAGAGAAUCUGUUGGCUAGCUCGUAUGAAGAAACUUCUAGUUUAGAACUUGGACCACGAACUUCAUCCUUGGCAACAAACCCCUGAUAUUUAAAAGAAUCCUAACUCAGCUCUGUGCUGUGAACAUCCUGUUUGUUUUCUCUU